AAAAUUUCUUUUUCCGGUUUAACUUAGGUGAGGUGAGUCGCGUAUUCAAGUGAAAUAAAAUCUGUGUUCUAGAAAAUAAUCCUGUAUCAUUUUAUUGAUUUGGAGUUGCUGAUCAAACACAUUCAAAAUGCCACGUGAAAUAAAAGAAAUCAAAGAUUUUCUUUUGAAGGCAAGAAGGAAGGAUGCUAAAUCUGUCAAGAUAAAGAAGAAUGCAGACAAUGUUAAAUUUAAGGUCCGUUGUUCGAGAUUUCUUUAUACUCUUGUCAUUACGGAUAAAGAAAAGGCAGAGAAAUUAAAGCAAUCUUUGCCUCCAGGCUUACAAGUAAAAGAAGUGAAAAGAAGCGAGCGUAUGUAAAUGAUUCAAUAAAAUAUCAUUGAAUUUA